GCGCAAGGGGUGUAAUUCGUAAUUCGACUCCACCACGGCCACCACCUCCUCCUCCUCCUCUUCGUCGCGUGCGAUCGGACGGCGGAGAUCGCAUCAGUGAUGGCGGCGACGGAGGCGAAGAGCGCGAUCCUCGUGAUCGGCGCGACGGGGUACAUCGGAAAAUUCAUCACCGCGGCGAGCGCGCGGUGCGGCCACCGCACGUACGCGUUGGUGCGCGACACCGCCCCCUCCGACCCCGCCAAGGCCCAGCUCCUCCGAUCCUUCGAGGACUCCGGUGUAACCCUAAUCAAAGGGGAUUUGUAUGACCACGAGAGCCUCGUGGCGGCGAUCAAGGCCGUCGAUGUGGUGAUCUCGGCGGUGGGGUAUGCUCAAUUGGCGGAUCAGACGAAGAUCAUCGCCGCAAUCAAAGAAGCCGGUAACAUAAAGAGGUUUUUACCGUCCGAGUUUGGAAACGAUGUCGACCGCGUGCAUGCGGUGGAGCCUGCGAAGUCGACCUUCGCCGUCAAGGCUCGGAUCCGGCGGGCUGUCGAGGCGGAGGGGAUACCUCACACCUAUGUCUGCUCCAACUUCUUUGCCGGGCGCUUCCUUCCCACACUGGGGCAGUUUGCAGCUAGUGGUCUUCCCACUGACAAAGUUACCAUCUUAGGUGAUGGUAGUGUCAAAGCAAUUUUUGUUAAGGAAGAAGAUAUUGGAACAUACACCGUAAAGGCGGUUGACGAUCCGAGAACCUUGAACAAGAUCCUUUACAUAAGCCCGCCUGCGAACAUCUUAUCCCACAAUGAGCUGGUCUCUCUAUGGGAGAAGAAGGUUGGCAAGACCUUUGAGAGGGUCUACAUCCCAGAAGAGGAGGUCCUGAAGAAAAUUCAAGAAUCUCCGGCCCCGCUUAACGUAGUACUCGCGAUCCACCACUCUGUAUUUGUGAAGGGGGACCAGACCAACUUUGAAAUCGAUCCUUCGCUCGGUGUCGAGGCAAGCGAGCUCUACCCUGAGGUCAAAUACACAACUGUCGACGAAUACUUGAAUCAGUUCCUCUAAAAAUGCUCCCUAAUGUAUAUCUUGUCUCCAGAAAAUAAAGUUGUUCUUAAGUUAUUAACAACACAUGUUUGUACCACCUGGUUGAUGCAGCAGUGGGAUUUGACCGAGUGAAAACUAAGUAUGUGUAUAGAGAAUGUAUUACUGCUGCUUAGCAUGAAGGUUUAAGUUGAUAACAUUGGUAAAGAUGAGGCAUUAGAAGGUGUGCUAGAGCCAUUUAAUGACUUGAGGCAUUAGGUGUGCUAGAGCCAUUUAAUGACUUUAAGCAUGUCCUUCCAAAAAUACUCAAAAAGCUCUAUAAAUAUUCAAAAGCA